CCAUAAAUAAGCUUGUGAAUGAGAAUUAUAGUAAAAAUGUUAACACAAAGACAAAACAAAAUCUUUAAUCGAAAAACUGUGUUAUUUGUCACAAGUGGUUCAAUCGGUUCAACAACUUUUAAUCGUGAUUAUAUUUUAGACUAUAGCUAUUAUGUGAUGGAAAUUGCAUUGGUGCACUCAAAAAUGACUUUCACAUUGAAAAUUCAACUAGACAAUGUCGAACCUCGAAAAAGUGCCAAAUUUGGUUGGUAUUGGCCACCAAUUAUCUGUGUUGCAUGGUUUGCAAUAUUUUACGCAGCCGUAAUUCCAAGUUAUUUUGCUUAUCCGAAAAUACUUUUAACCAAAAAUGAACAUUUACAUCAAGAUGAAUUUAUUGGUGAAAGAGCUGAAUUACAAUUAUUAGCUUUGUCAAAUAUUGGUGUAAAAUUAGCUGGUACACCUGAACAUGAAAAAGCUGUCGACUAUCUACUCGAACAAAUUGAGAUUGUUAAGAAAAAUGCUCGAUAUGAUUUGUAUGAUAUUGAAGUUGAUGUACAAUUUUCUUCGGGAGAGUUUUUGCUGUGGAAAAUGGUUACAAUUUAUCAUAAUAUGCAAAAUGUUAUUGUUAAAUUGAGUCCGAAAAAUACAAAUAGUUCAGCUUAUUUGUUGGUCAAUAGUCAUUUUGAUUCAGAAAUUGGAUCACCAGCUGCUGGUGAUGCUGGAGUCAUGAUUGCCAUCAUGCUUGAAACUCUUAGAGUGAUUUCUAUAUCCGAAAGACCUUUGAAUAAUCCAAUAGUGUUUUUGUUCAAUGGAGCUGAAGAGAACAAGCUUUUGGGAUCACAUGGUUUCAUAACAAAGCACCGAUGGGCAGAAAACGUUAAAGCUGUUAUCAACCUUGACUCUGCAGGCUCUGGCGGAAGAGAGGUUCUUUUCCAAUCAGGCCCAGGACAUCCAUGGCUUACAAGGUAUUAUGGAAAAUAUAUUCCCCAUCCCUUUGCAUCAACGAUAGCUGAAGAACUGUUCCAAAACAAUUUCAUUCCAUCGGAUACUGAUUUUCGAAUAUUCCGCGAUUAUAAAGGUGUCCCAGGCUAUGAUUUGGCCCAUAGUAACAAUGGAUACGUCUAUCACACGAAAUUCGAUCGUUUCAAUAUAAUUCCCCAGGGAACUUAUCAAACUACUGGAGAAAAUAUUCUCGCUUUAACAAGAGCUUUGGCUAAUGCACCUGAACUAGAAGAUCCAAGUAAACACGCAGCUGGUCAUACUGUUUUCUAUGACUAUCUCGGUUGGUUCACUGUUCACUACACAGAGGGCAGUGGUGUAGCUAUCAAUCUUGUAACUUCUAUAGCAGCUUUUGUGAGCAUUGGUGUCUCUGUUUGGAUGAUGUUGAGGGAAAAAGCCUACGAAACUAAAGACUGUUUAAUAAGAUUUGCUCAGAUUUUCGGAGUUCAAUUGUUAACUGUGAUACUUGCAAUUGGCCUGGCAAUCCUGGUUGGAAUGCUUGUUCGUGUAUUGGGAUUGGCAAUGUCAUGGUAUAAGGAUUCAUGGAUGCUAUUUGGAAUAUAUUUUUGUCCCAUAUUCUUUGCUAUGGGAAUUAUUCCGGCUUUUUAUUUGGGAUGGACUAAAGAUAAAACUGUGAUAACUCUACGACACUCAGUGUUCAUGUUUUUACAUUCUCAAGCUAUAAUCUUAGCUCUCAUAACGAUUUUGAUGACAGGGUUUGCUAUACGAUCAGCUUUUCUUCCAAUGGUUGGAGUGUUUUUCUAUACAUGCUCAGUUAUAAUCAGCAUUAUUGGAUAUUUGAUCUUCAAAUGGAAGCCCAUUUGGUUCCCCGUUCAUUUAAUUUGCAACAUACCAUCAUUCUGGUUCUAUUCCUACGUGACAUUUACCUUCUGUCAUGUGUUUGUUGCAAUGCAAGGCCGUGAUGGACCUAAUAGCAAUCCGGAGCUAUUUAUUAGCGAAGUGGUUUCUGUUUUAGCCCUUCAUGUUGGUGGAUUUGUUAUUCCAUUAUUCCAUUAUUUCCGCAAACCAAAACUAUUUUUCUCAUCGUUUCUUGUGAUAACUUUGAUAUUUUUUGGCCUAGCCUUUUCGCCAAUAGGUUUUCCAUUUCAAAAGGAUAUAAGUGCGAAAAGGUUUUAUGUCCUUCAUACAAAUCGAGUAUUUCAUGACUAUGGUGGUGAGGUUUCACGAAACGAAUCAGGAUAUUACGUUCAGCCUGUUGAUCCGAGAAAUGUUGACUUAGAUGAUUCAGUUUUUAAAAAUGCAAUGCCAUUGAGCUAUACUACUGAGAACUGUGCAACUGAAAUGUACUGUGGGCUACCUUUAUCCAGUACUAGAUGGAAGGAUUGGAACGCUUACAGUCGAUGGGUACCAUCAGGAAGGCCCAAAAUAACCGACACAAUAAAUCUUCAACUAAAGGCAAAGAGUUUACUGACACCAACAAAAAUUCGUUAUGAAUUUAGUUUAACUGGACCAGAUCGAACGGUGAUAUAUAUUGGUCCUUUAGAAGGUGUAGAAGUCACUGAUUGGUCAUUUAAUCGAACACCGUUAGAAGACAAAAAAUACAAACCACCAUAUUUCAUUUAUACAACUUAUUCAAAAGAGUUGAUUCCAUUGAAUUUUUGGAUCGAAUUUGAGCGUUCAAAUGCAACAUGGGAAGGACCAACAUUUAAAUUAGCUGUUGGUGGACAUUUGAUGCAUCAUCAAAAAUAUUAUACCAGAGAAUAUAAACGAUAUUUAGCAAGUUUCCCAGAAUGGGUGUAUCCAACCGCCUGGGUUGCAUCACAUGAAAGUUGGCUUUUUUAGUUAUUGA